UUAAAUAGGCGUGGGCCAUGGCGUCAGGCCAAGUUGCUGUCCCUGUCCGGGUAAAGGGGAGCUCCAAGUGUGCCUUUCACAGAAACAAAGAUGUACUGCUACACUGCUCAGACUGUAAUAUUCUCAUCUGUCUUACAUGCAGUCUAUCCACUCACCAGGGCCACGGUCUUGUCGAGCUAGCAGACAUAACGCCACAAAGGAAAGUCGUACUGCAGAGUUUUAUCAACAACACCGAGGACAACUACCUUGUACGACUCCAGAAAGAAAUUGAUUCAAUCGAGAAGAAACUGAGAGAGAACGGUGAUAAGUUUGAAGAAUGCUGCCGACUAGUAAAACAACAGGGUGAACUCUGUAAACAACAAAUCGAUGUGCUAAUCGAUGAGUAUGUGUCGACAUGUAAUAAGCUGGCUGAGGAGAAUAGACAAAUGCUGAUACAGUAUAAGGACGAACUCAAGAAAAGGCACACGUCCAUUCUCGAACAGGUAAAAGACUGUAAAGAGGUUUUGCAAACAGGAAACUCUGUCAAUGUGUACGAUGAAACGUCUACCGUUUCUACGGAGGCUUUGGGAUUUCCAGAUGAACCAGUAUUGCGUGAAGUAGGGUUCCGACCAUCCGGAGUCGUCAGUGAACAGCUGAGAAAUGUUCUAGGCAUCUUGGCCACCUCUCCUUCACCCGUGCCAGAAAUCAGAACGACCUCCGAGGACACAAGUACACAACGAUCAGUUGAGGAGCUCCCUUCCAACGCUGUCAGGCAUGUGGCAACCCCAAAGGAGGAACAACCGACGGUAUCGAUAGAGUUUAGGAACUCCAUGUUAUGCUCUUCCAUCUGUCCAACUGCCUCUGGUGUUUGGCUCAGCCAUCGAAAAUCUAGAGAACUACUGCUUGUGGAUUUCAAGGGCCAACAGAAACAGAAGAUAAAGAAUUCCGAUUACAUAGAGAGCAUCGCCAUUUCCCCAAAGACCAACAAUGUGUGGUUUGUUGCCUUCGGAGAUCAUUCCUUCGGAGAUCUUUCCUUUAAUGAAGUUGUUACUGGAUCAAAGUCCCCCAUUGCAAGAUUCUCGGUAGAAACCUCGAUGGAUUGCUUCUGUGUCACAAGGGAGGACAAUGUUGUGGUUUGUACAUCGAGAAAAACAAAGAUCUACUCGCGAGAAGGUCGCGAGUUACACUCGGGCGAUCUUGGGAAGAAUUAUACUUCGCCGAAUUCUGUCUCAGAGUGCCCGGUAACCAGUAACCUUGCUGUAGUUUAUGUAAAGGGAAAAGACGAUGAAUGGCGUAUAAAAGUUGUCGUGCGAAACAAAACACUCGGAUUUAUGUUUGACUACAGCGGAGACAGAUCUGACGGACAGUCAGCAUGUUAUCCGUGGUAUGUAGUCUAUGAAAACAGAGGUAAUAUGUUAUUGGUAACUUUAUUUGGCGCUAUAGAGCUAGUCAGCGGAACAGGGCAGCAUUUACGAACAAUAGAUGAUACACGCAGGUUCGGGAUUACAGCCGUUGGUAUGCAGUCUGGUGGUGACGUCCUUUGGAUAUGCUGUCGUGUCGACAAACGUGGGAUGGUUGGGAAAAUCACGAAUGCUGAAGAGUCGCAUAUCAGAGGCAUCAAGUACUACAAGAAAAAUCAAUAAAAGGUCUUCAAAAGAUGUUCAGAAAAACCGCCUCACAGGGGAAACAUUUUAUUGGUGCAAAUCAAUGUCAACAAUGCGUUUGUCCAACUUUCAACGUUUACUGGUACAAAUAAAUGUAUUUGAAACAAUUCAGCUUCUAGUUUAGUCCGGAUUUACGGUACUAGAAUUAUUGUGUGGUGGAUGAAGGCGAUUCAAAGUUUCAAUUCCAAAUGGAUAAAGGGUGUCAUAUAUAUAAACCAUAAACGCUGUAUACGGAGGGUUUAUCAAUGGUCUCCGGACGAACGGACUAUGACGAAAGAUUAAAAAAAAUGAAUAGAUCAACGUGAACUGUGUUUUUGCCACUUGAUUGAAUUUAGGUCAAACCCAAAAAAAUCAUUUGAGAACCAGGGAAUCAUAUAAGCAUUAUAACGAAACUUGUAAAACAUAAAAUGAGAAUAAUUGUAAUAUAAUAAAUGAUAAUAGUUUUUUCAUGUAAUUAUGCAGCCAUUUGGACGUCUUAAAUGUUGCAUAGGACGAGAGGAAAGGACGCAGGGUCCUCUGGAACUAAACAGCAUAACUCAUAAUUAAUGAAUACUCGUGAUAAUAACAAAUUGUAAAUAAAAAUAGUUUGUCAUUGAAAUAAUACAGCGAUCUUAGCCUAUUGAUUCUAGAUAAUAGCGAACGUUCCAAUGAAUUGUCGUAAGUUCAAAAAACAAAUUCAUAAUCUUGCGAGGUUGGAAAAUAAUGCAUUCAAUUUUGGACUGAAAAAUAAUUUAUCUUUAACGUGUACUGCUAUGAAAUAUCGAUCUAUUGCCUAGGCCUGACAUGGAUCACAAGACAUUUUUUUUAGUCCUACAGGUUUGUUAUAUCUCUAUGUUUUGAUAUUCUUGUAGAAUUCCCUCGAAAAAGUUGCAUUAACGUUGUCUAGAAGGUCCUCAGAACUCAUCACGGUUUAACGAUAUGUGAGAACGUUCAAACUAAAAUGUUGAGUGCUCGUAAUCGAGUGUGUCACCUUGAGGUCAGAGAUCAUUUUUAUGUAUGAAAUAUAUAUAUAUACUUAUCAUGUCUUUACACUAAGUAGUCCAAUGCGACUUGUUUGUAUUCAGAACCGAGACAAACUUAAAACGGAUUACUGAAACUCUCACUCAUGGCUGAACAGAUCAAAUGUUCACGGAUAAAAUCUUGAAUGCCAAUAAUGUGUAUUAUUUAAAGCAUAUCUAACAUAUAAACUUCCAAUGCACUGUCCGGAGGAAAAUGUCCUAAUGCUGAUCCAGUCAUAUCACAGCCCUUUAUUUCUGGCAUGUUAUCCCAUAACGCUAAACGUAAAAAUAAAUACUUUAUUGGGGAACU